UUCUUCAUAAGUGUGACAUAUCUGACUUUUCCAGCUGAGCGGAGGUCUUCAAGCAAGCAGGAAAAAAAGAAGUGAAAUUGACAGAAUGCAAACGUCCAGCAUCAAGAAAGCCACAUCCUUUACACUCAAACUACACUUGCACAUUUCAAUGACAGAGCGUUUGUAAACUUGGCUUGACUCACAGUAUAAAACAGUUUGCCUACUGAUUUUGGGAGAUAUUUCAUCAGAGAAGUCUUUAAAGCAAUCCUCCAUACACGGGCUACAAACUGUCAAAAAGAAUCCAACUCUCAUGGAUCCAUCUCUCAUGGAUACUUUCAUAAAUCCAACAGUGAAUUCAUAUGACUAUGAACAUUAUGACUAUGAAGAGGAAGCUGUUCCCUCUGUGGUCCAUACGGAUCGUGGUCAAAAUGAAGCAUCCAAUCAGAUUCUUUCUGUCGUACUGUACAGUGUGGUGUUUAUCGUGGGCACACUUGGGAACGGACUUGUUAUUUUCAUGAUCACAUUCAAGCUGAAGAAAUCAGUCAAUGUUAUAUGGCUUUUAAAUCUAGCUAUUGCUGACUUUUUAUUCACCUUUUUCCUGCCUUUCACUAUAACCUACACGGCAAUGGAUCACCACUGGAUAUUUGGAAGAACUAUGUGUAAGCUGAACUCAUUUGUUCUAGUCCAGAACAUGUUCACCAGCAUAUUCCUGCUCACCGUAAUCAGCUUGGAUCGUUGUAUAUCUGUUGUAUUUCCAGUUUGGUCCCAAAAUCACCGUACAGCUAAAAUGGCCAAAUGGCUUUCAGCAGCUGCCUGGAUCGUAGCCUUUCUUUUAAGCAUCAAUUCUUUUAUUGUCCGUGAUACAACACAUAGAGGGGAAAAAACAUUAUGUUUCACCAACUUUUCAUUGGCAGGAGAAAAUAAUAAGGCAAAAAUACAGACAGCUUACUCUUUAACACGGUUUGCAUUUGGAUAUUUGAUUCCACUUAUAAUGAUUCUAUCCAGCUACGCUAUCAUUGUCUACAAACUGAAGAAAAACAGGAUGGCUAAAUCCAGUAAACCAUUUAAGAUUAUAUUUUCAAUCAUCACAGCAUUCUUUCUCUGCUGGACACCAUACCACGUGCUGCACAUUAUGGAAAUUGAACUCAUUCGAUUUCCCGUUUCUGUAUUCAGAAUUGGUUUCCCUAUAGCAAGUGCCCUGGCGACUGCCAACAGUUGCAUUAAUCCAAUACUGUAUGUCAUUUUGGGACAGGACUUUAAGAAGUUUAAAAUGAGAAUUCUAUCCAGACUUGAUAAUGCAUUAAGUGAGGAUACUACAAACUCCCAUUUAAGCCACAGAACCUUCUCAAGAGUGUCUACAAUGAAUGAGAAAGAAUCAAUAAUGCUAUGAUUUCUUUACAAUGUGCUACCAUGCUUGUCCUGACAGAUUCAAAAAAACAUAUUAUAUUGUCCAAGAACAGUGAAUAUGCAUAAAUAUGGUAAGACAAUAUAUAAAUCAAAACUGAAUAUAUACGGUAUAUAUAGUAUGCUAGAGAAUACAGUAUCUGUAAUCUGUAUAAAAAAAAUAUGGAGAAAAUGUAAUGACAUUUGACUUAGAUGACCCUUCAUGCCCCAUUGUUUCUCUACUGCAUUACAGUCCUAGUAUAUUUUAUAUGAUCAAGUACAAGCUACUGUUUUAUUAUUUCAGAGAAAAAGGAAAUCAUUUUUAAAAAUUUGGAUUA